AAAAACAAAGAUUAAUAUAGUUCUAAUUAAGUUAUUGUGAUUCUAAUUAUGACUCCUAUUAUUAUUAUAGUUGCGUUUUUAAAUGAUUUUAUUAAUAUCAGAAAGAAAUCAAAGCAUAUAUUAUCAUUUCUUUUAAUAGGGCUUUCACUCGAAUACUAUCUUUAAGCAUUUCAAGAAAAUGAUUCAUACUCUUUAUCUUCAUUUUAAUUCAGUUAUUUUAUAAUUACAAUUAUUAAGGAGCAUUAUUUGAUCUAAAACUCUAAUCUACAAAUAUUGUAAAUUAUGUUCGUGAUACUGUAUAUGACUUCCAGAAUUUUUAUCAGUUAAAUUAGAGAUCAAAGUAUUUUUUGUAAAAUUAUGAUAUGCAUUUUCACUCCUUUUAUAGGCUUUCAAAGGUAAAUUCUAAAUACAAAUGAAUAAAUUUAGGUAGGAGGAGAGUAAAUUAGAAAAUAGUAAUCAAAUAGCAAUAUAUAAAAUUUUACUCCGCUCAAAAAUAGUGAGAAAUAAAAUAUUAGUAGAAAAUAAGCUUAAAAAUUAAAAAAUAAAAUAACAAUCAACACUUCUACUUACAGAAACUAGAAUUAAGUGGAUUUAUCUUUUAAUAAAUAUCUUUCAACUUAUAUGGUACACUAAGAUGAAACAAAAAAUAAAGAGAUUGAUUUUGAAGGUUUAGUAUUGGCUUAGUCUAUUCUUUAAAGCUUACAAACAGGAAUUAUUAUGAUUAAUAAUGAAUUUAAAAUAGAAUUCUGUAAUUAAGAAAUGAAGAAGUUUUUUUAAGUUUAAGACAAGCAAACUAUUUUAGAAAAUUUAAUGGAAAUUAAGUUGAAAGGAUAAGAAAAUAUACAAAAUUAAACUCAUUUUAGCAGCAACAAACAUUUCAUACAUUCAAAUAGUUAUUAAGAUCUUCGUCAAAAUAAUAAAGAUAGUGCAAGUAGUAUAUAAAAUAAUAAUAAUGAGCAAUCCUAAUUUAAAAAGAAAUAUGGGACAGUUUCUUCAUAUAGCACUACUAGCUAAAUCAGAAAGAUAUCAGUUGAAAAAAAAGGAAGAUUAAGCCUUCAUAAAUAUCCGAAUAGAAAUACUUUGACACAGAAUCCUACAAAAGAUAAUCAAAAUAAAUAAGUAAUAAUUGAUAUUUAAAGUAUUAAUAGAAAAAAAGAUUACAGUCUCAGUUAAAAUAAUUCUCUUAAUUUCAAAUAAAUCGAAGAAAGACCAAGUUUAGAAAAAAAUUAGUAUAGUAAUUGCAAAAACAUAGAAAGUGCUUAAGAUGAUUUAAUUAUCAGUUUUUCUAAUUUAUCUCAAAUGGGUUUAAAACAAGGUAGGUUUUAAGAAUUUUAAAAUGCAAUUUAAAGCAAUGAAUUCUAAACGAAGGUAGAUAAUGGAAAUUCUGAUAAAAGUAACUCAAAUGUGACUGAAUAUAAUUUUAAAAAAUGCAUCAUUCCUCAAAAGGUUUUGUAAAUAUUUGAAUAAGAAGAUGUUUAUAUGUAUGAUCUUAUCAAAGUUAUAUUUGAGCAGUAAGAUAGAGCUUAUUUUAAUAAUUGUUACAGCUAAAACGAUCUACAAGAAAAUUUUAAUAGAUUUGACUCCUAAGAUUUUAAAAACAAGACUGAAAAUUUUUUAAAAAAUAAUAAAACCAACAACCUAAACUAAAACCAAAACCCAAAGUAAACAACUGAUUUAUAAAAUCAUAGAUGUAUCUCUUAUUAUAUAGAUAAAAAUAGCUUGAUUGUGAACUUAAAAUAGAGCUAUUAAUAUGAAGUCAAAUAUAUCCAAAUCAGAAUUGGUUUUUACAUUCACAAAUAAAAUUUUGAAUGGAAUACAUAAAGCUUUGUUAUAAUUGAAGUAUUAGAAUUAGAUUAGCUCACCCUAAAUUUGUAAGAAAAAGAAAUCUCUGAUUACAAAAAUAGGAUGCUGGCUUCUGUUUCUCAUGAACUAAGAACUCCUCUUAACUGUUCUAUUCAGAUGCUAAAUAUGCUUUUCGAUAAAUUUAAUUAACACAGCUCAACUUAUAGCAAUCAAGAAAUAACUGAGAUCAAUUAGAGUCUUGUUAAACCAGCACUUAUUUCUAAUCAGCUAUUAAUAAAUAUUAUAAAUGAUAUUUUGGAUUAUGCUUAAAUUAAUGCAGGAUAUUUUAAAUUGGUAUUUGCUUUAUUUUCUCUGUUUGAAGUAGUCACUGAAUGUGCUGAACUUAUGAAUUUUUAAGCUGCUUAAAAAGGACUCUCUUUUGAGCUUUAUUUCGAUUCAAACUUACCUGAAUACAUCAAUUCGGAUUAAAAUCGCAUCAAAUAGGUUCUAUUGAAUUUAUUAAGCAAUUCUCUUAAAUUUACUGAUAAAGGAUAUAUUGAGAUUAGGGUGACUUCUCUCAAUUCAAAUUUAAUAAAAAUUGAUGUAAAAGACACUGGAUGUGGUAUCCCUUAGGAUAAUCUAAAUAAGAUUUUUGAAAGCUUUGGAAACAAAUAACAUUCUAAGUUCUUAAAUACCCAAGGAGCGGGGCUAGGCUUAAGUGUUGCAAAUAACUUGGCAAUGGGUUUAGGUGGAAAUAGAAAAAUAGAAGUCAAGUCAAAAGUUAAUGAAGGAACAUGCUUCUCAUUUUUUAUACUUAACAGAGAUUCCAAUAAACAAGGUUGUGAAAUAAAAUUGAAAGAUGUCUUUAACAGGAGGUUAGUAAAAUGGGAAUCAAUAAACGAAAAUACACUUUUAAAAGCAAUGUCAUUUAAUAAUUAAAAGAAUUUUUAAUAAUAGUAAAUAGUAAUUAGAAACAAUAUAACGAAUAGUCUAAAAAAUUAAUCUAAAACAGACAAUUUAGAUAGAACUUCUAGUCUCAGUAGCAUUAAAAUAAGGAGUAGUGUUAAUUAUGUUAAUUCGGAUUUGUAAUAAGAGUUUAUUUCUUUUUCUAUGAGACCUAGUUAGAUUAUAUACAGUUCUAAUGAAUCACCUAAAAAUAGAGUUCUACCUUCAUUUUUAGGUUUUCCACAAGGUUUUUCUAAUUUGAAUAACGACUUAAGCUCUCCUGUAAAUAAGCCUAAUAAUUUCAACUAGGCAAUUUUUAAAAAUAUAAGGACCUAAGAGAGCUUUACUCAAUAAAUUUCAUUACAUAACUCAAGCAAUAACAAUAACAGCAACUAAUUAUAAUAAUAGUAGUAAUAAUAAUAAUAGCAACAACAACCACAAUUACAAUAAUAAAAUAUUUUAUUUGUGUAAUAGUAAUAACCAUCAUUAUUUUAAUUGAUAAAUUAAAAAACGAAACCUCAUAAAAAAAUGAAUAAAACUCUAAGCAUAAAUGAAAAUCAAUAUACAUUUGAGCAAUCUGAAACUAGUGAAAAUCAAAUAACUUAGCAAUCAAUUUAUUAGUACCAAGCACCUAAUAAAAGUAUAGACGCGAAUACUCGAAUGAUUACUGAGUCAUGCUAAAUUAUAGAAGAUUAGUAAAUAAAUAAAAAUGAAAUUUAAGAUUAGAUCAUUUUUAAAGCAAGUAAGAGCUAAAAUUUUGAUUAAAUCGAAAGCUUGUAAACAGAUGAUUAAUUUUAUUUAACAAACCAGAAUUUAAAUCCUCUAACAAUUAACGAUGAUUUUACUUAAUAAGACAAAUUAUAAAAUGGUCAUAUGAGUGAUAGCAGCACAUAAUUAGAUAAUAAGAAAAUAUCUUUAUAGAUGGUAAAAGACAUUAUAAGUAAAAGAGAUAUACAUAACUCGAGAGAUGAAAAGUUAAAGUAAAAUACAAGUCUACAAAAGCAUAUAAACAAGCAAAAUAAUCCAAAUAUCAAACCUGAUAUUGCAACUUAAAUAAAGUCGAUUUAGUGGAAAUGUGAAUGUCCUAAAAUCUUAGCUGUAGAUGAUAAUGAUUUCAAUUUAUAUACAAUAUAAAUUAGACUAUAACAGUAUGCUAUCCGCAUAGAUAAAGCUUCAUCAGGUUAAAUAGCAAUCGAUAAGUGCAAAUAGAUGUAUAUAUAAAAUAAUUGUUGUUAAAAGUAUGCCGCUAUACUCAUGGAUAUUGAUAUGCCAAUUAAAGAUGGACACUAAACUACAUAAGAAAUUAUUGAGUUUUAUAAUUCCUAUAAUUUAAAAAUUCCAAUGAUUUCUGCAUGCUCGGCUUAUGUUUAAGAAAGUGAAAAAAAAAAAGCUCUAUAAUCUGGGAUGUAAUUUUACAUAACAAAACCAAUUUAAACUAGCUAGUUAGAGUAGUUUUUAGAGAAAGCAUUUUCAGAUUAUUUUUGA